AUGAGUCAUAGACCUGGAAAGGAAGUGCAAAUCACAGGAACUGAGGCAUCCGUGGGAUCGUUAACCCCAUCAAACAGGAUAGAGUACAAAGCAGUCCAAUGGAUUCAUGAGUCAUGCAGAAGAAUGUCCGCCGUUGCCUUUAACGACUUUGAUCAUUUUGAAGAUUACAUUGCUGUCGCCGGUGGCUACCAGGUUACUUGUUACAUGUUGCUUACUAGUGAUGACUGUGCCUUUACCAAAUUCACCAUGCCUUCUUAUUUUGACGAAGACAAAAACGAAUCGUUUUAUGCCGUUAGCUGGGCACGUCAAGGCAUGAAUGGGUUCCCAAUGAUUGUGGCUGGAGGACUAAAUGGCAUUCUCCGAGUCAUUGAAUUUGAUGAUCGCAAAGAAUCUCACAGCCUUACUUUUGAUAAGACUUUGGUAGGCCACGAGGGUGCAGUGAAUGAAAUCAAACCGUAUUUGUUUGCUCUUCCACUUGUCUUAAGUGCAAGCAAGGACGUUAAUCCUAUGGAUACGGAUUGGAUUAUAAGUUCAGGGGCAGACAAAACUAUCAAAAUCUGGUCGCUAAAAGAGCAUAGGGUCUUUGUAAAAGAGUCUUCUAAGUGGACUGGCGAAGCGUCAAAUUUCCCAACCAAAUAUGUUAGUUCUCCAAUGUAUGAAGUAUCACUUGGUGCAGAUUACGUUGAUUGCAACCGUUUCUCUUACGACGGUGAUAUGCUUUUCUCACAGUCUAAUGGGAAGCCAAAUAUUGUGAAAAAAUUUCCUGUUCCAGAAAGCGGACCGCCAUGCAAGUUUUCAUGUAACAUGGAAGAUAAAGUUGCAAUUGGGAACAAGAAGGGACAAAUAUAUGUCUGGAAUUUCAAAAGCAGCCCUCCUGAAUUGAUUGCAAUUUUAUCAGAUCCUGAUUCAAAAACAACGAUCACACAGACUGCGAUGACUCGUGAUGGAAGGGUAAUUUUUAGCAUAAACGAGAAAGGAGUCAUUAUUCGUUGGAACGACACAACUUUGGAGCAGACCAAGUCGAUUAUAUAUCAGUUGAUACACAAGCUGAAGGUGAUUAAUUGA